GUUUUCCGCAUCCAGCUCCGUUUUUAUGGAUAUGACGUCAUGUAUUGUCAUCAGCUGAAGAUAAAUGGAACGCAGCCCGUGGCUUUUUGUUUACAGCCAGCGUCGCCCCUCCCCCUUAUUCUUUCUCCCCCCUGUUCCUCCUCCUACCCCCCCUCCUCCUCUUCCUCGUCAGUAAACCGCUGUUAGAUUCCAUAUGGGAGCACGGCUGAUUUAUUGGGAAACGGGUCGAUUCUUACAGAAUCCCUGCAAAUGAGAAAAUAAUCAAAAAAAACACACACACAAAAACAACGCCCUGCGCCGCCUGCAGGGGACGCUGCUCCCUUCUCGGCCUGACCGGCUUUGUGACGCCAUGGACCGUGAGCUCAGUGGCUGACGACCCGCUGCUCCAGGAGGGGAAGCCGGGGAAAGGCUCCUCAAAGCGGUGAACAACGUUCCAGGCUCAGUUUGGUCCAUCGUCGGACUGUGCUGCGAGUCGUCGUAGGGUGAUGAGGAUGGUGAGGAUGACCGGUCAUGCUACUCAGUGAGGGUCCGUGUUUUCUUAGCCUAGCUCCUGAGCCACUGCACCAGCAGCAGUAGCCAGGGGUCGCUCUGACCAAGCGGACACUUUGAGGGUUGGGUGGUGGCAGGAUGGCGUUUCACGGCACGGGUCGACAGAACGUCUGUGGAGAUCUGUUUCCUGGCUCUGACCUCAGUCACAAGUAUUUCUGCGUCAACUCCUCCUGCGGCGCUCCCUCCACAGGCCUCAGCGCCACUCCGUGUCUGACUGGACCCAACGCUCCGGCUGGGACCCCCCGUCACCCUACAGCUCUUGGAGGAAGUGCGGGAGGUGGAGCAGCGGUGCCUCAGCCUUACACUAACCCUGCCAGUGAGGUUCCCAGCCCGGCAGAGAUGGAGCCAGACCGGCCCAUUGGCUACGGCGCGUUUGGUGUCGUCUGGUCAGUGACCGACCCCCGAGAUGGUCGAAAGGUGGCUCUGAAGAAGAUGCCCAAUGUCUUCCAGAACCUGGUCUCCUGUAAGAGGGUCUUCAGAGAACUGCGCAUGCUCUGCUUCUUCAAACACGACAACGUUUUAUCAGCGCUGGACAUUUUACAGCCUCCACAGAUAGACUGCUUCGAGGAAAUCUACGUGAUCACAGAGUUGAUGCAGAGCGACCUCCAUAAGGUCAUCGUGUCCCCUCAGCCCCUCACCACAGACCACAUCAAGGUCUUCCUCUACCAGAUCCUCAGAGGUCUGAAGUACCUUCACUCUGCUGGGAUCCUGCACAGAGACAUCAAACCUGGAAACCUGCUGGUCAACAGCAACUGUCUGCUGAAGAUCUGUGACUUCGGGCUGGCGCGCGUGGAGGAGCCUGACCCGUCACGUCACAUGACCCAGGAGGUGGUGACCCAGUACUACCGAGCGCCCGAGGUACUGAUGGGUUGCCGGCACUACGGCUCGGCCAUCGACGUCUGGUCAGUGGGCUGCAUCUUUGCAGAGCUGCUGGGAAGACGUAUCCUGUUCCAGGCUCAGAGUCCAAUUCAGCAGCUGGACCUGAUCACAGACCUGCUGGGAACUCCGCCCCUCUCCGCCUUGGCCUCCGCCUGUGAAGGAGCACGAGCCCACAUACUCAGGGGGCCUCACAAACCGGUAUCCCUGUCGGUUCUCUACAUGCUGUCUGACGGGGCCACGCACGAAGCCGUGCACCUGCUCUGUCGAAUGCUGGUCUUUGAUCCGACCAAGAGGAUUUCAGGCAGCGACGCUCUCUCUCACCCGUACCUGGACGAAGGGCGUCUGCGUUACCACACCUGCAUGUGUCAGUGCUGUUACUCAGUGCCCAGUGGGCGGGUCUACACCCGAGACUUUGAGCCAGCUGCCGAGAGACCGUUCAGCCACAGCUACGAGAGCAGUCUACUGUCAGUGUGGCAGGGAAAAGAGCUGAUCCACCGCUUCAUCACAGAGCACCAGCAGGGCAAACGUGUGCCGCUCUGCAUCAACCCUCAGAGCGCCGCCUUCAAGACCUUCAUCAGGUCAACAGCGUGGCAUUCAUCCAAGGUUUCCAAGAAGGAGGAAAGAUGAGGGCUAGUCCUGCAGGGGAAGGAUUUUGAUUGGCUGUUGUGUUUGAAGAGUUAGCCCCUCCCCUUCACACCUGAAACACCUCAGAUAUAAAAAAAGACUGUAAUAAGAUUCCAUGAAAAAUGCUGCUGAAAAAUGAAGGAGGAGGAGGAACCAGGAAGUUGCUACUGUUUGUUUUUCUCUUGGAUCAAGGACUUUGGACUGUUAGGGCAACUUGUGGCAAUUUUCAUUUUAUUUUAUUUUUAUUUUUUUUUUGUAGUGAAGUCAUUCCAUCCCAGAGCUUUAGCAGAGGAUUUGAUCUAGAUGGAAAAAUCAGAUUUGAAUCCCAGGAUUCAGAGUUCACUCCAGAGAUAAAUGACUAAAUCUGACCUCCAACUGAAAAGUCUGACUUUUUAACAGUUUCUUCAGAUUUGGGUCUCAAAAGAAAUUGGUAUCAAAGCCAGACUUCCAUCUCUCUUUUCACAGUAAUAUUCCCAGAGUUGAGUCCCUCACCUCAGCGGAGAGAACCUCUCCCUGUGGUUCUGGUCCACUGGGCUCUGGUCAGUCCAUCCUCCCACUGUUGCUUCACUUUUAUAAAUAAGACCAACGUCACUGGUGGAGUUUUUUUUUUUUUUUUUCAGCACCAUUGAACGUUGGCGCAGCGAAAUGGAAGCAACACAACAAAUGUAGCAGGAUUUUACCAUUUAGCUUUGUGAGUGACCUCUGACCUUUGCCCUUUGUUGUUGUUAUUUUAACAUGAUGUUACAGGAAGGCUGAAAACAGGAAGUUUCUCCAGGUCAGAUUUUUUUCUUUCCUGGUCGCAGUUUUACCAAAUUUUACUUUUCUUUUCUUUUUUUAAACUUUCUCCACCCGUCACACCCGUCUGCCUCAGUGACUCCCAACAGGACGUUAGAUAAGGUGGAGAAGAACAGCGUGACCCGGGGUCAAUAGGUCAGUCAGUCCGUGCUGGGAUUGGUCUGGUUGUUUAGAGCUGUGAUUUUGGUGUUGUGUUUUGUUUUUUUUAGUAAAAAAUAACAGUCAGGUUGAUUCACACCACUGUGCGUUUGAUUCACACCACUUUGUUCACCCGUGUCAGGCCAGGGUUCGAUCAGAGAAGGAUGUUGUUGUCGAUUUGAUGCUGCUGGUUUUUCUAUGUUGUUGUUGUUGCUUUUUUUUUGUAGUUAGGUUUUUAGUUUGGUUCUCAGGUUUCUCUGCACUCAGUGCCACCAGGCUCAGCGUUGGUUCAGUAUUGAUCCACAGUCAUUGAUCACUGGUGUCUGAGAUGUGACGACACUUCCUGGUCAUUUCACUUUUGAGUUUAUCUUUUAAUUUAACAAACUUUGUCGCGGUACAGAGUUGGGUUUUUUUUACCUCACAGAUGAAAAGUCAAAAAAGAGAAAUCAUGGCCCUCGAUGAUGUUGUGUUUUUAAACGCAUCACAGCGUGUUGUUAUUUUAGUGUUAGCACAAACAAACAAACAGUUUUUUUUAAUGGUUGUUGUUCUUGUGACGUGGUUUCCUUCUUGAGUUUUUCUCCUUUCUAUUUCAGGAACUUUAGCAGGAACUGUUCUUUACCUCAGGAACUUAGUUCUCUUUGAUUCCUCUGAUCCCAGUCGGUGGUUCUCAGUGACCUCAGCAGAACCAACAGAACUGAUGGUUCCUGUUACAGUUCCUGUGGGCGCUCUCUCACUAUUUGGGAUUAAAGAUCCCAGAGGCGAGGGGUGGGGGCGGGGGAGGGUUGGUGUUGUGGGGGUGGGGGGGUGCACGCUGUAUCUGGCCCCUCCUCCUUUCUCAAAAGGAGGCGGAGUCAGUGAUGCUGUCAAUGUGUGUGUGUGUGUUUGUUUGUGUGUAUGAAUAAAGUGUCAGGGAGAAGGAAACAACACCUGCUUAUUUUCAGAUUUUCUUUUAAAAACUUUUUAAAUUUUUUGUUUUGUUUUGGGGUAAUGGAACUGUUCUGGGUCCAGGGGAGAACCGUUCUGUGACGACACCCCAAACUGAAGCUUCAUUUAUAUUUUCAACGUAAAGACAAAAAAACAAAACAACGAGGUUUCUAUCCUUGGAACUGUUGUCAGGAACAAGGAACAUUUGGAGCCGUGUGCACCACCGCACUGCAGGAAACUGUUCCAGGAAUGAAAGAAAGUACCAAAAACUUGUAUUGUUCCAGGAACUAGAGAAAGUACCAGACUGCUGUUAUUUCUAACACAGGAGGUAGAAUCAGUCACAGGGA